AUGGCCACCGACUAUAGCAAGAAGACCAACGCCGAAUUGGUUGAGAUCCUCAAGGCCCGCUCCCUCCCCCACACAGGCAAGAAAGCCGAUAUGGUUCUGCGCCUUCAACAAAAUGAUGAGAACGCGCCUACCGACGCUGCCGCAGCCCCCCCAAAGACCGACGCCGAGGACGUCAUUGACUGGGACGACGAGCCCACCGAGACUCCCGUCCAGCCCUCCACAGAAACAGGUGCUGCUGCAAUUGCUGCGGGCGGCCAGGGAACUGUUCCCAACCCCGUCACCGUCCCCAACCAGACUCUCAGCGAGAAUCCCGCCACCACAGACGACUUGAAGGUUGAGUCGGCCGGCGCGGCGCCCGAAGCUGCCGCCGCUGCCGCCGCUGCCCCCGCCGCUGCCGCCGCUGCCCCCGCCGUUGAAGCAAAGCCCGCCGUUGACUACACUCGUGGACUACCUACUACUGAUUUGGAAGCGGAGCUGGCGAAGCGCAAGGCGCGCGCUGAGAAAUUCGGCAUCGUCGAAGAUGAAGAGACUGCGCUGAAGGAGGCUACGAAGCAGCUGGAGCGGGCUAAGCGGUUCGGGACCGGCCUCGAGGAAACUGGCGUUAACCGUCUUGAUCAGGCGCUUUCUGAUGCCCGGCCUCGCAAGAGGCAGAAUGAGGCUCGCGAUGGUGGUCGUGGUGGCAAGAGACGUGAUACUGGGCGCGGCGGCCGUGACCGUCGGGGUGGGAACCGCGAGGGACACGGCGACGGGAACCGUAAUGGCAAUCGCCGCGAUGGUGGCAAGACCAAUGCUGGUGUGAAGAAGCCUGCUGCGAACAAACCCAAUGAGAAGGAUCUGGCGGCUUUGGAGGCUCGCAAGAAGCGCUUUGCUGCCGCUGCUUAG